AUGUUACCGUCGUCUUACCGGAGCUACCUCGGGCAGCAGAGCAAGGUCGCGCUAUUACACCUUUUGUGCAGUAUUACAGGUGUGUGGUGCAGUCAGGUGGUGGUGCCUCAGAGGGUAAGUGCUGUGCUGGGGAAGAAUGUGACAUUGGAGUGUAGGGUGGAGGUGGGCGCAAACCUUACUCUUACUCAGAGUUCCUGGGAGCGCCGUCUACCUUCAGGCUCUGUCACAGUGGCUGUCUACAACCCAAGGUUUGGCAUCUCCAUCCCUCCGGAGUUUGGCCACCGCUUGUAUUUUCGCUCACCCUCCUCUGAUGAUGCCACCAUCAUUCUGGAGAACGUGGGCUUUGCUGACGUUGGCAUCUAUACCUGCAAGGUCGCUACAUUUCCCCUGGGAAACAAUCAAGCUUCCACCACUGUCAGUGUGCUUGUGGAGCCAAAGGUCUACGUGUCAGCAGGUUCAACUGCCCUGAUCGAUGGUGGCAAUGAAACUGUGGUAGCCACCUGUAUUGCUGAGCGGGCCCGGCCGCCUGCUGAGGUGUCCUGGGAGUCCAACCUUUUUGGGCAGUCAGAAGUGCAGCUAUUUGACGAAGUCAACGGCACCACCAGCACACAAGUGCGCUACCUCUGGCAGCCCACACGCCACGUCCAAGGCCACACACUCACCUGUGUGGUCCGCCACCCAGCUCUGCAGGGCGACUUCAGGAUCCCUUACCAGCUCAGUGUGCAGUUUGCUCCUGAUAUUUCGGUUGUGGGCUAUGAUGGAGAUUGGUAUGUGGGUCGGGAAAAUGUUCAAAUGACAUGCAAAGCCAACGCAAACCCACCAGCUCAUCACUUCAGAUGGAUCAGAUUGGACAGUGAAAUGCCAAAAGGGGUUGAAAUAAUGAACAGCACUUUGCUCUUCCUGCGUCCCCUCCAGCGAAAUGACUCUGGAGUUUACAGGUGUGAGGUUGCCAAUGACAUCAACCUCCGCAGUCGGGAUGUGCGCAUUCUCAUACAAGAUCCUCCCACCAUGCCUUCCACCAUUACUGCUCCUGUCCUAACUGGCUCUGCCUCCUCCACCUUAGUGGAUGAUAAGGGUCAUGUCCUCCUCAGCUCCCCCACACUUGAAGCCCUACCUGAGAGUAAUCUUGGUUCCAUAGUGGGUGGGGCUGUGGGUGGGGCCUUGUUCCUUCUGCUGCUGCUGUCUCUGGUUGGUGUGUGUUACCUACGGAAACAGCAGACCUUCCACGGGAACUACUACACCAAGCAGUACCUGGGCCCCAGCGACUUCCAAAAAGCCCCCACACAGCAUGAGCUCCACCCUACCAAAGCUGGCAGCAGCUCCUACCAUCAAGACCACGACCGAGAGGAGUGGGGCGACCGCCAGCUCAAACAAGAGCGUGACCGCCGUCACCAUAGCAACUAUAACGGAGAGGAGUAUCCCUCUAAUGGCUACACUAGGGCAAUGAGGGAGAGCAGUCACCACAGCCAUCAGCCGAAUCACCACCGUGAACACACACAGUAUUCUAGUCCACGGCAGGCCAGAUACCCUCAUUCACCGAAACCACAGGGAAACGGCUCCCCCUAUCUGUCAGAUGACUGCUACGAUAGUGGGCCAGAGGGUGACUAUGUCUCUCACACAGACGGCUCAGUCAUCUCACGUAGGGAGUGCUCGUCUUAUAUCCUCAGGAGGGAGGGCUGGAGAAAGGGUAAGCAGGGAAGCCUGCAUGCAGGAGACCAGUCUCAAGCGGAGAGGUCAAACUCCAUCGCUGUGGCCGGAGCUGUGAUCGGUGCCGUCCUCGCUCUCUUCCUCAUCGCCGUCUUCAUCAUUGUGAUCCUCACUGCUCGCAAGGCCCCGCCACCAGCCUUCACUGACAAAGUGAUUGACCUUCCUCCGACACACAAGCCGCCUCCUCCCUACACUGAGAGAGCACCGGCUGUUCCUCUGGGUGUCCACGCAUCACAAGUGGCCUGGCUCUGUCAGACUCGCAGGGCAGAGCGCAGGUACGAGCUGAGUGAUUGGCAGCACCCACCCAAAUCAAGGCCGAGGCCGUCCGGAACACAAGGCCCCACCCAGCAGCUGUCCCGCCUGGAGUGGGUGUGUCAUCAGAGUGGGACAGACCGGGUGUACAUCAACCACCGUGAACACUAUGUGUAA